AUGUGCCUUCCGAACGAUCAGAGGUGCCUGGACUCGCCGAUCUCCAUCUCGAACAACUUCAUCGCGCUGCCGAGCAACCUGAAGUUUCGCGAAUACGGUCUCAACGCCCUGCCGUUAUUCACGAUGAAAGGACCGCAAACGACCACAACUAGCGUCCAGUUCGAGCUGGUGAUGCGGAACGUCAGUUCGCCGGAUCGCGCCUUGCCACUAGCCAGCAGACAGAGCUUCCUGUUGCAGAAGGGUCAGGAAACGAAUUCGGCUAUCGUCGCACUGGUCGAGUCACUGCAAGGCCCUCAGGACGUGCAGGUCGAUCUGGUGAUGCAUGUGCGACACGCGUUCCUAAUUUUUGGCGGCAAGGCCAUUGCCCGACUCACAUUACACGUCUCUGAGAACGAGCAAACGCUCAUUGAGCACUAG